UAUUUUCUAACCUGGCAGAAGCAUUUCCACUCGUAAGCUUGAAAAGUCAUCCAUGGAAUAAAGAAACACCAUCAAUGAUCAAACUCAAACGCGUCUUUUCCGAGAUACGGCAUCUAACAUUAUACAAUUACACGCGCUUUACUUCGACCGCUCCUCUCUGUUGACUACACCCUUCUCUUUCAAACCCUCUCUUCCUCCCUUGGGUUCCCAAAUCCGAAUGGUUUUUGGUCGCCUACCACGCACACGACUCAGAUCCACAGGUUCAUGGGAUUUUUUAUCUUUUUCAAUUCGCCAUUAAUUUCACCAGCUCAUCGAUUGUUUGCAGCUUACAAUGAGAAUUCCGUUCUUUCUAUCGAUUUUCUUGAUACCCAUAUGCUCAAUUUUGCUCGGCUUCUCGAUCUUUCUAGUCUUUGGCCAAUGUUUGGACGAUCAGAAAGACUUGUUGCUCCAAUUGAACAACAGCCUCCAAUUCGACAUAGCUUCCUCCACAAAACUGAGAUACUGGAAUCAGAGUUUCGAUUGCUGUCUGUGGCAAGGUGUAAAUUGCAGCAGCGAGGGACGUGUUACUGAACUCGACCUGAGCAGUGAAUCGAUCAAGGGUGGACUCGACAAUUCCAGCAGCCUCUUCAGUCUUCACCACCUCCAGAUUCUAAGUUUGGCAUAUAACAACUUCAACUAUUCUCAGAUUCCGUCAGGGUUUGACAAAUUGACGAAUUUGAGACAUUUGAACCUAUCAAAUGCUGGCUUUGCAGGUCAGAUUCCGAUUGAGCUUUCGAGUUUGAGAAGGUUGGUUAUUCUUGAUUUAUCUACCCUUUACUUCCCCUCUGAAACUCCUCCACUAAAACUUGAGAAUCCAAAUUUAGAGAUGUUGGUUCAGAACUUUACAGAGCUAAUAGAACUUCAUCUUGAUGGUGUAAACAUAUCAGAACAAGGGAACGAGUGGUGUGGGGCUUUAUCAUCAUCGCUGACAAAUUUGAGGGUAUUGAGCUUGUCAAAUUGCAAUCUUUUAGGCCCUUUGGAUCCCUCCUUAUUAAAGCUUCAGUCCCUCUCAAGUAUUCGUCUGGAUAAUAACAACUUGUCUGCUGCAGUUCCAGACUUCUUCGCAAAUUUCACAAAUUUGAUGUCCUUGCGUCUCAGUUAUAGUGGGUUGUUCGACACAUUUCCAGAAAAGAUCUUCCAGGUGCCUACACUAGAGGUUCUUGACUUGUCUAAUAAUGCACGACUUCAUGGUUCCUUGCCAGAUUUUCCUCAGAAUGGGUAUCUUCGAACCCUGGUACUUAGCCACACAAAUUUCUCGGGAAAAUUGCCGCAUUCUAUCGGUAACCUUACCAUGUUGUCUAGAAUGGAUUUUUCAAGUUGCAAUUUCAGCGGAUCAAUUCCAACUACAAUGUCAAAUCUUAUCCAAUUGCUUUAUUUGGACAUGUCGUCCAACAAUUUCAUUGGACCAAUUCCAUCCUUCAGCAAGGCCAAGAAUCUGUCUCAAAUAAACCUUUCUCAUAACGAUUUAACUAGUCAGAUUACUUCUACUCACUGGCAAGAGCUGAAGAAUCUGGUAAACCUUGACUUGCGUUACAAUUCUCUGAAUGGGAGCAUUCCAGCCCCUCUGUUUUCCCAUUCAUCAUUGCGGACUCUGCAACUUUCCAACAACCAAUUUUCUGGUGAACUCAAUCAAUUUCCCAACAUUUCUUCUAAUGUAUUGGAAUACCUUGAUUUGAGCAGCAACAAUUUGGAAGGGUCAAUCCCUGUGUCUGUCUUUGAUCUUCGAGGUCUUAAGAUCCUCUCACUUUCUUCAAAUAACUUCAAUGGCUCUUUCAAGCUAAAUAUGAUCGAGCAGUUGAGAAAUCUUUCCAAUCUUGAUCUUUCCUACAACAACUUAUCAAUUGAAUAUAAUAGAACUGAUUCUCCGUCCCCCUCCUUUCCCAACAUUACCACGUUAAAAUUGGCUUCCAGCAACUUGAAAGUAUUUCCUGAUUUUUUGAGAAACCAAUCCAAAUUAACAGUUCUAGACCUUUCAGAUAACGAGAUUGGUGGAGAGAUACCCAACUGGAUAUGGAAACUACCUUUUCUUCGCCAUUUAAAUCUUUCUUUUAACAAUUUGGCGAGUCUAGAAGUAUCUUCACUCAAUGUCUCUUCUCUGAGUAUCCUGGACAUUCGUUCCAACCGACUCCAAGGGCAACUCCCAGUUCUCCCACCAUCUGCCACGUAUUUGGAUUUCUCAAGGAAUAAUUUCAGCUCUGUCAUACCAGCUAACAUUGGUGUCUUCCUUUCAUAUGCUUAUUUCUUCUCUCUUUCAAGCAAUAAAUUCAAAGGGAGCAUACCUGCAUCAAUUUGCAAUGCAACAUACCUCCAAGUUCUAGAUCUGUCUAAUAAUUCCUUCAGUGGCAUGAUUCCGGAAUGUUUGGUUGGGAUGAGUACGACUCUUGGGGUGCUGAAUCUCGGGAGAAACAAUCUCCACGGCAUGGUUCCGGAUACAUUUUCAGACAACUGUGGAUUGCAAACUCUAGAUCUCAAUGGAAACCAGCUUGUAGGGCAUAUACCUAAAUCUUUGGCAAAUUGCACAAGGUUGGAGGUCUUUAAUAUUGGUAACAACCACAUUGAGGAUAUCUUCCCAUGUCACUUGAAGAACGCAUCCGUAUUGCGUGUCCUUGUUUUGCGCUCUAACAACUUUAGCAGGUCCCUUGGUUGUCCAGGGCAUAAUGCCACUUGGCCCAUGCUUCAAAUUUUGGAUGUAGCUUCGAACAAUUUCAGUGGUGAGAUUCCAAUAAAAUGCAUUUAUACCUGGAAGGCUAUGUUGAAAACUGAAGAUGAGACCGAAUCAGAGCUCAAUCACCUUCGAUUUAAAGUCCUGAGAUUUGGUAACUUUUAUUAUCAAGAUGCGGUCACAGUUACGGUUAAAGGUUUAAGUAUGGAAUUUGUGAAGAUUCUAACGCUUAUCACCUCGAUUGACGUUUCCUGCAACAAUUUUGUGGGGCAAAUACCAGAAGCAUUUGGUGGACUCUCAUCACUAUAUGUUCUAAACUUGUCGCAUAAUGCUCUUUCAGGACAUAUCCCAAAAUCUGUAGCAAAUUUGACACAGUUGGAGUCAUUGGACUUAUCAAGCAAUAAGCUUACAGGGGAGAUUCCUAUACAAAUUGCAGAAAAUCUUAUUUUCCUUUCAUUCCUAAACCUCUCCUUCAAUGAACUGGUGGGGCCGAUUCCAAUGAUCAAACAAUUUUCUACUUUUUUAGAAAGUUCCUACGUAGGAAACAAAGGAUUGUGUGGCUUUCCUCUUGAGAAGACUUGCAAUGCUGGAGGGACACCACCGUCAGCAGCACCAAAAUCUCCAGAAACAACAUCAUAUAUGCUGAUUGGAUUUGAUUGGCAGUUCAUACUGACUGGGCUUGGCUUUGGGGUAGGAGCAGCAUUGUUUGUUGCUCCCCUGAUGUUUUGGGAGAAAGGAAGAAGAUGGUACAACGAUAGCACUGAUAAGAUUAUUCUGGUGAUUCUUACAAUGAUGGGAUUGUCUUACACGGGUAGCAAAGAUGGCAAGCUUGAGGCAGAGGAAGAUAUUGAAGAUGACAGCAUAGAAGGCUAUGAUGAUGAAGAUGAAACGGAAAAUGAUGAAUUUCGAGGGCGAUACUGUGUUUUUUGUUCCAAACUUGACAUUAGUAGGAAGAGGGUCAUCCACGAUCCGAAAUGUAUAUGCCGUAGCUCACCUAUGAUCUCCUCCUCUUCCUCUACAUCCUCGUCUUCUUCAUAGUUUGGUUGUGCCAUCAAAGUACAUCUUUCUUCUCUCUCUCUCUCUGUUUUUUUUUUUUUUAGGCUCUCGUUUUAUCCAUAGAAUUCAUUUUUUUUGUAUAUACCUACAGAAUUAUCGACCCAAGAGCGAGAGGAUUAGUAGAUGAUCCAAGCAUGUAACUUAGUAGCCCUUUCAGUUUAGAAGUAGUCUCCUUUUGACCUAACGAGAGAAUGGAUGUUUCUUUCCUGGUAUGAUAUGGACAGAAAGCAUGACAGAGGCGUGUGGAAAAUCUUUCAGAAACUUCAUCAAACAGGUGGGCGACUCAUAAAACUUGUAAAGAAACCAGAAGCACUUGCAGCAUGCAUGCCUGAACA